CCCCAACCGGACGCGAAAGAUCUGAUCAAGGCUUAUUCCUUGCAAGGCGCGGAGAGCGGUCUCGGGAGCGAUUAUCAUAAGAGGAGGAACGUGAUCAGGUUGAGGAUGGAGGGCGAGCAGUUUUUGCUCCAGGCGCCGGAUGUGGGCGCCGUCGUUGAUUGGAUAGAGGGGUUCCAGGCGGCGGCGAAUAUUGCGUUGGAUUUGGACGAGAGGCCGAUGCCGAAGGGGCCGAUGUUUCCCAGG